CCCGCCCGCUUUAGACCGGAACUUCCGGUUCAGAUCUCUGUUUGAUUUCUGGCGGUUUGUUUUGAACGUCUAAAACGCGAAAGAUAUGAUGACCGUUUCUAUUCAUUCUUAACGUAGAAUCCUUUCGUCCGUACGAUGGACGCACAAGCCACAUCUGUUCUAAACCGGAUAAUCCGGAGAAUACCGAACAAAAAUAUUGAAAAUCUUUUGAAGAAAUGGAACUGUUUAUCAGCAGAACAGUUGCGGGCCCUGGAUUACACACGACCCAAAUGGAUGAUAGUGGAACAUGUCAUCAGUUUCUGUGAGGAGAACAGACUUAACCUGAAGCACAUCACUAAUUUGGAAAUGAUCUAUCAUAUAGAAAAUCCUGAUCAAGGCACCUGGUAUGCAUGCCAGCUUGCUGAGGCACAGGAUGAUGCAGUUUGUGUAGAGUUGACACAGUUUAAAGAGCACUUUAAGGCACACUUGCAUGGGGUCAUUCGGCAUAUUUCCAUUAAGAUGAAGAAACAUGAGGAUGAGGCUGUAUGGAUUCGGAUUGCAUGGGGAGACAACUUCAGCAAACCCAACCACCUUAAGCCAACUUAUGUUGUGCACCACCUGCACACUUCCUAUGUGUUUAUAUCCAACCUCGUGGCCAAACACAAGAUAUUUCUUUGUCAGGCAUUAGUAAUAGCCACUAAACAUGGCUCUAUAAAGGACGGCCACCUGAGCACCAAGAGUCUCACUGCAAUGAGGGACUUACUUCUGAGACGUUAUCAGCAGGCUUUUCCAAAUGAACAGUCAAGGAUCCUACAGGACAGAAACACCCUUUCAUCCCAUCCCUGUAUUGGAAAGGAACACAGUGACCAUGAAGAGAUGAGACAUCAGAUGUCCUGUGAGGCAUUUGGACACGGCCCUUCACCAAAGCUAGAAACAGCAGUGUAUAGACUUGAGACAAGGUACAGGGGAAAUGGCAACCACACCCUCAGUGACAGAGAGGAGUUCUUCAGAGGGGUGGUCAGGUUCUCAAGCAGCAGUCUGCUAGAUUCCUUGCGCCACUGUGUUGCUUCAGGCAUGGCUGAAGGUCCAGUUACUCCACUAUUGUCAGCCAUCACUCAGAGAGGAAGGAAUUAUUUCGUGAUCACAGACAAAGGUCCUGGUGUCUCCAGCCAGGCAUCAGCACAGAGAGCCUGAUCACAACAGACAUUUUAGAGAAAGAUCAGUUCAGUCGGGAUGUGCAUACAUAAGAAUAUAUAUUUUGCAUCCUGCAAACAAAAAAACAUUAGAGUAGUCAUGUGUAUAGUCUAUCAUUGUCAUAAGAGAACUUGUCUGAGACAGCUGCAGUGAUCACUGAUCCAGCAAGGAGAGACUAAAUGUUUUUACAGUUAACCUUCGUAAUAUAGCAUGUAUUAUUUUUAGUAUCAUUUGAGCAUGGUUUAAAUAAAGGUUUUGAUAGAUAAAUGUUUUCCACCAAAUUUUUUGUAUAUGUCUAAACAACUUGGACAAACUUAUUUUGUAACCAUGAAUCCUUAUUUUGCAAUACCACAUUUUUGGCUAAGAUAAAACUGGUAACUUGGUAUCAAAGAAAAGCAAAUCUGAAAGCCUCUGACAUUGUCUGAAGAUUUGCUUUGUUCUAUAAAAGAGUACAUGUUGAAAAUACACUAAACCUGUAUAUCAACAGAAUUUUCUGGGGCCUUUUAUGAGCCAGCACCAAAUAAUGGUGUGAACUACUUUAAGCGGGACUAGAAACGCUACUUAAAAAUUAAGAUUUUCAUAAUUAAAUGUAAAUUAAUAUAUUAAUACAUAUGUGAAAACAUAAUGUCUGUUUUGAGGGCAAGUACCACAGAGAAAAGAUGCAUGUCAAGUUUGAUUUCUUUUCAGUUUUGUUAGAUUGAAUCUCCGUGCCAAGAAUAUUGGACUCAGUCUCUUUACCAAAUCCUGUCAGAAGAUGAGUUUUGUCUGGGAUCCGAAACCAUUCAGCAGAGAUUUGUCUGAAACCAAAAUCAGUUAACAGCAAGUCUUACCUGAUAUCCAAAAUCAGUAAUGCUGUCUAUUUAGUCUAAAACUAUUAACUGAGAGGCUGACAGAUAGAGGGAAGAAAAGAGAAAGCUACUUUGACACAAUCUGUAUUGUGUGAAGCACUACAUAAAUAAAAGGUUUUUUAGUUGCUAGUUGCAUAGGCCUAUGCUUUAACACUCAGACCAGCACACAAAUACAAACAGCUCCAAUACAAUAGCUCCACAAAAAAAACACCAUUCAGUAAAAAGUGACUUUUUAAUAUGACUGAAAAUAUUUAAUGUGAUCACAAAUUUAAAAAAAAAUAAACAUUGUAAGUUACACUUUUAUUUCCACAUGUAAGCAGCAAAUAAAACAUAGGUACAGAAAGCAAGAAAAGAACAUUUGAAUUAUCAAAGAACUUUAUGAUUGACUUUAGUCUAGCCAGAGUUUAAGCACUCUCAAGAACUCCCAUUAUAAUCAGUGUUUUUUUUUUGCAAACAUAACACUCUCAGGGCAGUCAAGCAUGUCCUCUCUGUCUACAAAACCACACUGUUGUAGCACAUGCAGAAUGAGACUUGGCAUUGGCUUGAUCUAAUAACCAUGAGCGUUCCGUUAAAGAUGUCAUCUUGAUGGCAGAAUAUGUCUCUGCACAAUCCCGAUUUCUGUCAUAUCAAUAGGACCUUCACACAUAUGCCAGUCAUCUAUGAUGUUUGCUCUGCUGCACCUCCAUACCAUGACAGACAUUUGCUUUUGCAUCUGUCGCUUAAGAAAGCGCUGGUCCAUUUGGUCUUUGGAACUGGGAGCUCGACAUCAAUUUUUCCCAGAAACAAGUUUAAAUGUGGACUCAUCUGGCCACAGCACACAUUUCCCCAGUCUUUUUGACUAUCUGAAAUGAGCUCAGACCCAGAGAACCCGGCGGCAUCACUGCGUAGAAUUUACAUAUAUAGACGUAUACAUUUAUUGAUGCAGCAGCAGAUUUCUCUGGAUUCUUUUGUCAAUUAAAUAAAAGUUAAAGAAAUUUAACAAAUCUCAGAUUUUGAUUUAAUUGCAUUUUACAAAAUGUCUCAACUUUUACUGAUUUGGGGUUGUAUAACAGCUGCAAUAAAUUAAUUUUAUGUC